AUGCGAACGCAUGAGCCAGGGAUGUCCAGCAAUGCUACAGUAGCCUGGUUCCGGGCCGUCCACCAGCAGAUCAUGGAGGACGACUCCGACAGAAUGUGGGGCGACAUUUUCCGGGACAUCUCCAAGAUCCUGUGGUACAUUCAUGCUGUGUGGCUGGCGGUUAUUCUAGUUGUGGCCGUUGCCGUGGCGGUCUUCCACAAAGAUUGGCUUCUGGAAGAUGGCCCUGAUAUCAGUGAAGGCCCAACGGAGGCCAACAUGGACGCGCUGGGAUCGCUGAGAAAGCAUUUCCAGAGUCUGUGGGCGUCCGUGGAGAGGAGUUGCAAGAUCUUGUUCGCGUCGCUCAACAGUCACGUCACCGGGAUCGUGAGCUUCGUGGGAUUCCAGAAGAUCGUGGCGAACAGGAUCGUGGCGGCUAGCAGGCCGGGUAUAGCUGGGGGCGGCGCGGAUGACUUUCUGUUGUGCACUUGCAUUGCCGUCUCUGCCCUGGGCAUUUUGACAAGCCUUGUGUUUUUGGGCAUCGACUACAUGCGGCGGCGAGUUAUUGACAGCGCCUGGCAAGAUGAAUUGCGCUUGGAGCUUGCAAGCAAGAGGAUCGACAGCACAGGCCUGGGCCGUAUUCUCAUUUUUCUGACUGGCUUGCUCUUGCUCCUGUACCUGGUCGUGAUCUACCAGAACUGCAAAGAGGAGGCGUUCCACGUCGACCGAUGGCUCGUGCUGAGAAGGAUCUGCAGCUGUGCCACGGUUGUGUUGUACUUGAGCAACCUAAAUGGCCUCUUCGAGUCGCCCAAGAUGCCCUUCAAAGACAUGAAGGACAUUCCGGCGCAAAGCAUCGACGUAGAGGCAUACUUGCAGAAGCACGGUGGCGAUUCGGCCCUGACGAGUCCCUUCCGCCGGAAGCUGGGAGAACUCUCGGGCUGGCUUGCGGGUGAGGACCUCGGGCAGUUCGUGCAAAAAGGGAGUCGCCACGCCCUCUUCCCAAACGAGCCGCGCACUGCCUGGGUGCACGUCAUUCUGGGGCUGCUUCUAGUCGGCGUCGCGCCCUUCGCAUUCCAGCUUGCUAUGUCGGAGCUCUUCGUCACACCUGCGAUUGUAGACCUGAGACCUCUUUCGGCCAUGUUGAUUCCCAAGUUCCAUCCUGGUUUGAAGCUCCACACAUACCGCCUCCUGGUGAAUCCGGCGUCCUCGCGCCUACAAGUGUCGCCGAAGUUCAGCCAGGCAUCGAGCGUCAGCAUUUGCUGUGCGACGGGAUCCUCCUAUCCCCCGUGCGAGAAGAUUCCUUUCGAUCAUUCCCUGCUGAGUUUCGAUGAGCGUCCGGCCGCCUUGCAAGUGCCCAUUGCAUCCGUUUCGGCGCAGUGCGAAUUGACCGUGCGAGGCCUGAGCAGAGAUGACACAACACGGCUCCAUCUCACAGUGGAGACUGUGAACAAGUACCACUUCUCCGACUGCGUGGAAGAUGUGUGCAGCUGCGGCCGCGGAUUUCAAGGAAAGCCAUACAAUGCUUCAGACAAUGCUUCAGAUGGGGCAGGACCAAAUGCCAACACGUGCACUCCGGCACCCUGCAACAUCACUGGCUCAAACGAGGAAAGUGGAUUGAAGUGUCGUUGCAGUGAUGGUUUCCGAGGUAACAUCACGUGGGAUGGACCUGAUCCACAGGGAACGUGCUUGCCAGCCCCAUGUAACGUCAACAACUCCAAUGGCAAAUUUGGCCUCGAGUGCGCCUGCGCGGACAGUUAUGCAGGCAACAUUACGUGGAGUGGCACUGCAGCCACAGGGAAUUGUGAGCCAGCUGUGUGCAUGGUCGCGCACGCAGUGGGCAAUGGCAACGGGUGUCGUUGCGAAGACGGAUUUGCAGGCAAAAUCGCAUGGAAAGGCCCGGACGCCCAAGGAAGCUGUACUCCGGCCAUUUGCAACAUCGCCAAUUCCAACCUUGAGCUCGGGCACAGCUGCAGGUGCAGCUCGGGGUUCGCUGGCAACAUCACUUGGAAGGAGGACGUGUCUUCUGGGACAUGUGAGCCUGCAGAAUGUGCUGUUGAGCACUCCAACGAGAAGCACGGGUUUGCAUGUGCCUGCACUGAUGGCUUUAUCGGCAACAUCACUUGGAAUGGGUCGACCGCAAAUGGGCCUUGCGAGCCGGCGCCGUGCAACGUCGCCAACACCAGCGGAAAAGGCCCAAGUUGCACCUGCCGAGAUGGCUUUGAAGGGAAUAUCACUUGGCAUGGUGCAGUGGCAGACGGAAGCUGUCGGCCGGCAUCAUGCAGCGUGAACAACUCGAACAUGAAGUCUUGGCCUGAUUGCCGCUGCAAGACCCGGGGUUGCCAAGAUGCUCUUCCAACAUCGAGUAUUCAGUGUGGACCAGCCUUGCCUCAGUCAGCGGUUGCAGCUGUGCUGCUGAUGCGCAGCUGCAGCAAGAGCAGGCUGUAG